UAUCUUUAAACCAGCUCGAGACGACAUGUUGCUAAUAAACCUUCUAUUUACUGUCACUUGCCAAAUAGUUGUCAUGAUAACAGUAAUGGUGGUCGCGCAAAGAAUUCAAAACGAAGAUCGGAUGUUGAGAGUAAUCUUAGCGAGGAUUUAUAAUAAUUUUUCGAUUUAUCCAAAUAGGCCUGAGCGUAAGAAAAUAAGAAACUUCUAUCGGAUGGCUUUGAAGAAUCCGGUGGAAAUAAACUCGGUGGUGGAGUUGGGCGUGGGUAUGGCUUUAUUGCCCACCUGCGUGUCUGUGGCCGUCUCUUACGUCAUUAUAAUGCUGCAGUUUAACCACACCGUUUGAACUAGAAUCAUACACAAACAUAUUACUUUUUUUCCCGAACAGUUAAGUUAGAUGCAACCAGAAUACCUUCAUUAGUAAAAAUUUUGUGAUGUUUUUAAUUGCAAAUAAAUAUAAUUUUAAAUUUUAAUAUAUACGGCUUAACACGUUGAGUGCGUUAGGGGAUCUAAAUGUUCAUAGCGUCACUUUUAGCUGGUGCGGCGCCAAAAAUGGUGUUCUCGAUCUCUGUGCGAGAGGUCGUAAUUUCUUUAACAGAUAUUUAAAGCGUGCAAAAGCUUCAAUGAAAUAUAUUUUAAAAAUUAUUUCCCUCUUUUCAAAAAUGCUUUGCACAACGAAUUGAAGGCAAAUACCUAGAUAUUUUCAUAUCCAUUCAGUAGCUAUGUUGUCAGUCAAAACAUCGGUAAUA